GAACAAUACAUUAUUACUUCUGUUUCCUAGCUAAUCUUUGUUUUGAUAGGCUAUGGAAGAGGAAGAAAGAAAAUUCAAUGAAGAAUUCAGCAACUUUUUUGAAAUGUGGGACUGGGAGUUUGUUAACUUGCAGGACCUGUUUGUAACUUCAGAUGAGAACCUUGAAGUUAAAAUGAUUCAAACAGGGCGACUAGAGGCUGUCACUGCCGUGAAUUCAAGUUGCUUUGUAGCAAUUGGAAACCCAUUUGAGCGAGCAGAAGCGUUAAAGAGAAAAAGAGAGGAAGAAUUGGAUGAAGCCCGUUGGGGCAAAAGGCCUGCAACUGCUUAUAUUCCCAAUUGGUGGGUUUAUGGCUGAGGCUCGUCAGAAUUACCAUCAGUCAGCAGCUGCACCGGCUAAUCAAUGACCUACGUUCUUAACCAAUGAAGGUACACUAAUAGAAACAAGGGAAGCUGCUCAUGACAAGGAGCCCUCAACCUCCUCAUGGGCACCUCUGCAGGUGGAGCUGAGGAAGUUCAUAUGAUAGAUUAUGGCUUCAAGCUAUAACUGAGCUAUCUAUAGUUAUUAGUCAAUUUUAAUACAUGCUAAAAACAAUCUACUGAAUUUAGAAGAGCAAUAGAAAUGCUCGUGACAGAAACUGCUCCCAAAAUAAAUAAAAUAAAAAGGGAGCUCCAAUGACCAGUUGAUGAGCCCUUGAGCUUACAGCUGAGUUGCACCUUCCCUCUUACUCUUCUGGCCUAUGGCUGCAGCAAACUUUUUCUCCAGAAACUGCUCUAUGUUUUGUUAUGGCUGCAGUUUUCUUGUAUGUUAUUUUGAGUACUUUCUAUAGGUUCUACUGUUUAGGAUAUGCAUUUUUGUGUUGUAAUAAUGGAUGAGUUUUUUU